GCCAUUUACAUAUUAUUGGUUUUUUUUUUUUUUUGUUGAAAUCUUGUUUUUCAGGUAACAGUAACAAUCCAACGCAACAUCGUUCUGACAAUUCGAUCUUCCCUUCUUCAGUUUGAUUCCUUCUUCGUCUUCGUCUUCUUCUUCGUGUUGUUGCUGUUCUUCUCCUUCUCAAUCGUUUCCUUCUAAUUCCCUUUUUCGAUUGCAUUUCUCACUUUUGAACUUCCUUUUUCCACUCUGAACUGCUUCUAAUUCGCGCUCUCCAUCAUCACUGUUUUUUGACAGAACGAUUAUGGCCACAGAGGAAGAACUUGAUCUAUCAGCUUUGAAAACUCAGCUCAGUGAAACAAAUGGAACUUGGAAGCAUGAAAUGGAAAGGCGCCAAUCCGAAGUAGAUGUGUUGCAAGCAAGGCUUAUGGAGGUAAAGGCUUGCAUAGAAGGGUCUGAGGAUGACUCGAGAAAGGAGCUAGAGGUUCUCUGGCGACGAGUUAAGACAACUUCUUCUUUGUUGACAUACUUGAAAUCGAAAGCGAGAAUGUUGGCGAUACCCCAUUUGGCUCACUCUUCAUGUGGUAUUAAGCAUUUAGAAGGGGUAGGAUUAGUUGACAAAAGCGGAAUACCGCUGUCUGGUUGGUCUAAGAGUAUCGAUCUUUCUUCAUUCGACGGUACUGAAGAGGAAUCCUUGGUUGGUAUUGGCAAGCCAUGUGGUUUAUUGGAUGAACAAGAUGCUGCAUAUAUCGGUCAAAUACUUAAGUCUGUUCAAAUGGUUUCAGAUGUAAUGGAAGCACUUGUCAAGAGGGUUAUUUUGGCAGAAUUGGAAACUGCUGAAGAGAAGGAAAAGGUUCAUUUGGGUCAGGAGGAAAUUAAAAAGAAAUCAAUCCAGAUUGAGAACAUGUCCUCAAAACUGGAGGAAAUGGAACAAUUUUCUGUGGGUACUAAUGGAAUUCUAAAUGAAAUGAAGCAGAGAGUCGAGGAUCUGGUCGAAGAAACGUGUAGACAGAGGCAAAGAGCUGCUGAAAAUGAGCAGGAACUAUGUCGUGUUAAGCGGGACUUUGAGUCUUUGAAAUCAUAUGUCAGCAGUCUCAUUACUGUUAGAGAAACACUUUUGUCAUCAGAAAAACAGUUUCAGACAAUCGAGCGGCUCUUCGAACGGCUAGUUGCUAAGACCACUCAAUUGGAGGGUGAGAAAGUGCAGAAAGAAGUAGAGGUCCAGAAACUCAUGGAAGAAAACGUGAGGUUGAGUGCCCUUCUUGACAAGAAGGAGGCUCAACUUGUAGCCAUGAAUGAACAAUGCAAGGUAAUGGCCUUGAGUGCUUCACAUAUUUAAUCCAAGCAUACCCUGUUCUCCUUGCUCAUCAGCCAGCAUACCCCGGCUUCAUCUCUCUCGGUUCACAAGCCCGGGCCGAACAAGGUGGCGGUCGUGACCAUGAUUUCCGACCAUGGAGGCAAGCAUCAGGUACUCGUGCCGAUAUUGUAUUUGUGAAAACCCUUGUGGACUUUAUUGUGUAGUUACAUAGUUUUAGUUGUUUCAUCUGAGAACUCACAAGGUUUUUCUUCAUUGGAGUUUAAACUUGGUUUGUGAAUCAUUCCCCUGAGAUGUGUAUGUAUGCUUCAAAAGUCGGUAUCCUUCUGCUCUUUGGUGCCUACAAAAACUUCCCCUUUAGCAUUACACCUCUUCUUGUCUUUGUCAGUUGGAAUACAAUGCUCCAAAAAUCCUUAUAAUCAGGUUCUGGGCUGCA